AUGUCCUUCCCAAAUAUAGCCAUCAUCGGCGCCGGUCCCGUGGGCUGCACCCUCGCCCGCCUUCUGCACCAGAAAUUGCCCCCCUCGGCAACUAUCACCAUCUUCGAGGCCGACACGUCGCCUAACUACCGCUCGCAGGGCGGCACACUCGAUCUGCACACGGCGACAGGGCUCGCGGCGCUCGAGGAGGCAGGGCUGACGGACAAGUUCCUCAAGCACGCACGAUAUGACGGCGAGUCACUCAAAAUUACCGACAAGGAUCUAAAGGUUUAUAUUCGAAUAAAGGCCACCGAGUCGCCCGAGGGGGCGGGGGAUCACCUUGGAGGCCGGAGACCCGAGAUUGAUAGGUCGGCCCUGCGGGAGCUGCUGGUUGAGAGUCUGCCCGAGGGUUGGAUCCGGUGGGGUUGGAAGUUGAAGAAGGUGUUGCCUACAAAGGACAACGGGGCACCGAGGGAUCAUCAGCUUGUGUUCACAGUGACGGAGGCGGAACAGGAUGGCAUGGCGGCGGUGACGAGGACAGAGACGGUGUCUGGGUUCGACCUCAUCGUCGGGGCGGAUGGAGGAUGGAGCAAGGUCAGGAGCGGGGCGCUGAGCAGCACAAAGCCGUGUUUCUCAGGGAUUGUGGCGCACGAGCUGCGUCUGUACGAGGCGGAGAAGACGGCACCCCAAGUGUGCGAGAUGGUCAACCGUGGCAGCGUGUUCGCACACAGUGACGGGCAGAGGGCGUCACUGCAGCAGAUGGGCGACGGGACCCUCUACGUCAUGGUGUGCUACCGCGUCGAGAAUGAGAGCUCACUGCUUGACAAGGCAGGGUGUAAGUUCGACGCGACAAACCUCGAGGAGACCAAAGCGGCGCUGCUGGAGAGGCUGCAUGACUGGCACCCCUUGGUCAGGGAGGCCGUAUCCAAAUGCUCGGGGUACACGACGCCCAGAAGCCUUAUGAUGCUCCCUGUGGGUUUCUCCUGGCCGCACAGGGCCGGCUUCACCCUCAUCGGCGACGCAGCACACCUGAUGACGCCGUUUGCAGGCGAGGGUGUCAACGUGGGCAUGGAGGACGCGCUAAGGCUGUCAAGGGCGAUUGCUGCAGCGGUUAAGAGCGAGAAUGGCGUUGAAAUGCUAGAUCGCGAGGUCGCCGCCUUUGAGGCCGAUGUCUGUGUUCGUGCAGGCUCGUACGCCAGACUGACGGACGAGCUGCGGCAGGCCUGGUUCUUUACUGAGAAUUCGCCCAAGGCCGUGCUGCCCAAGAUGGCCAAGGCGCAUGCCCAGUUCCACGCGCCGACGCUGUUGAAGCCUUUCGUUGGGGUUCUGGCAGCUGGGUAUGGGUAUUAUAAGGCAAGAAAUCCAAACUAGAAGACCUUGCGUCUCUGCAUUUUUCUUGUCUUGGUCAGGAAGGUUACCAGAUCUUGUACGAUAGCUUGUUCUGUCAUCACCAUGCGUUAGUAAGAGGAUAACAAAGAUCACAAGUAAUUAGGUGAUACUGU